AUGGACUCCAGAAAACUGGCGCUUCUGUGCUCGUUCCUGGUGGCCUCAGGCUGCGGAACCAUGUAUGUGUACUCGGCCUAUGCUCCUCAAUUGGCCACUCGAUUACACUUCAACGCGUCAGAGUCGCAGAUCAUCGGUCUUUGCGGCACCGUCGGAGUAUCGCUUCUGGGUAUCGCAGCAGGAAUCAUUAUUGACAAAUACGGAACCACCACUCCGAUUGUGUUGGGUGGCGUGUUUCUGAUGCUCGGAUAUUCUCUCAUUACUUUGUGCUACAUCAAGUCCAUUGAAAGUGUGCUUCUAUGUGCCCUGGCACUCAUGGCCGCAGGUUUCGGCUCAGGAAUGUCCUUUGUGGCCAGUAUCAAGGUGUGUGCGUUGAACUAUCCCGAAAACAGAGGAACCGCAAGUUCGAUCCCGCUAGCGGCUUUUGGACUCUCAGCCUUCUUGUUCUCCACUAUAGCAGGUAUCUUCUUCCCUGGUAACACUCAGGGCUUCUUGAUACUACUGACAGUACUCACCUCGUCGCUCUCACUGGUUCUGGUGCCCUUUGUGCGAGUCAUUCCGGCUGUUUCACACGCGGAAGAUGAAGCUCUGCUUGACGACGGAUGCUCAUCUUCCUCCUGUGAAAGUGUAGACAUCUAUGGAGUCUCAUUGUUCAAAAGCAUCGACUUCUGGAAACAUUUUCUCAUCAUCGGAUGUAUCGCUGGGUGUGGCCAGAUGUACAUCUACGGCUGUGGAUACGUCAUUCGAGCCCUUGUGGGUCCCGACGUCGAAACUUCAGGGGUCCAGUCGUUCCAUGUCGCUAUGAUUUCUUUGCUAAGUUUCUGUGGACGCCUUCUCUCAGGAUCUAUUUCCGAUGUGCUUACCCGCUACCAAUACUCUCGUCUGUGGAUGAUCUUCAUCUCUCUGGCUCUUGGUCUAGUAGGAAGCUUUCUGGCUACUGUUGUCACUGAAAUCUCUUUUCUGUGGAUGGUGUCGUUGUCCUUUGGUCUUUCCUACGGCUUCUGUUACGGAGUCUACCCUACUAUCAUUGCCGAGAUGUUUGGAAUGACGUACUUUUCGCAAAACUGGGGUUAUUCCGGUUCUUCGGCGGUGUUUUCGGCGUACUUUUUUACCACCACCUUUGGAAAGGUGUUUGACUCGCAUUCCAAGGGCGACGUUUGCUAUGAGGGCGUCAACUGUUAUAAGUCGGCUUUCAAUAUGGCCUUCUACGUCUUUGCUGUGUUUGUCGUCAUGAUCUUGUACAUGAUCCACAACAACUACCAGAAGUUCAAACAGUGA